GGUCGCGGCGCGGGCGGGGCGGCCCUUAAAGGGGCCGCGGCGUGCGCCUGCCCCGGGCGCUGCCGGCCGGUCGGCGGCCGUAUGAGCCGCGCGCGGGGGUUGCUAUGCCGGGCCUGCCUCGCGCUGGCCGCGGCCCUGGCCGCGCUCCUGCUGCUGCCGCUGCCGCUGCCCCGUGGGCCCGCCCCAGCCCGGGCCCCGGCGCCGACCCCCGGUCCCGGCCCGCGCGGGCCCCCUGCCCGCGCCCACGCCCCCCACUUGCGGCCCGACGACAUCUUCAUCGCUGUCAAGACCACCCGGAAGAACCACGGGCCGCGCCUGGGGCUGCUGCUGCGCACCUGGAUCUCCCGGGCUCGACGGCAGACUUUCAUCUUCACCGAUGGGGACGACCCUGACCUACAGCUCCAGGGAAGCAGCCACGUCAUCAACACCAACUGCUCAGCCGUGCACACCCGGCAGGCGCUGUGCUGCAAGAUGUCGGUGGAGUACGACAAGUUCAUCGAGUCUGGACGCAAGUGGUUCUGCCACGUAGAUGACGACAACUACGUGAAUCCCAGAGGCCUGCUGCAGCUGCUGUCCACCUUCUCCCCCAGCCAGGACGUCUACCUGGGGCGGCCCAGCCUGGACCACCCCAUUGAGGCUACCGAGAGGGUCCAGGGAGGAGGAACCGUGACCACUGUCAAGUUCUGGUUCGCUACUGGUGGGGCCGGGUUCUGCCUGAGCCGAGGCCUUGCCCUCAAGAUGAGCCCGUGGGCCAGCCUGGGCAGCUUCAUGAGCACGGCCGAGCGGGUGCGGCUCCCGGACGACUGCACAGUGGGCUACAUCGUGGAGGGGCUGCUGGGCGCCCGCCUGCUGCACAGCGCGCUCUUCCACUCCCACCUGGAGAACCUGCAGCGGCUGCCGCCUGACACUGUGCUCCAGCAGGUCACCUUGAGCUACGGGGGUCCUGAGAACCCCCGUAAUGUGGUGAACGUGGCCAGAGGCUUCAGCCUGCAGCAGGACCCCACACGGUUUAAGUCUGUCCACUGCCUUCUCUACCCGGACACGGACUGGUGUCCUGUGCAGAAGCAGGGUGACCUCGCCUCUAAGUGACGCUUGACCCCCAACCCAGGGUUGGCGCUGGCUCUGCCCAAGGGAGGAGGCGUGGUGCUGCCCCCUGCUGGCCUCAGUUGACUCCCUCGGGCGGUCAAGGCCACGCCGCAGCCACAUCCAGGGAGACGUGAGCACCCAGCAGGCAGCUGGCCUGCAGGCCUGCCCUACAGCCCCUGGCAGACCCGGGUGAUAGGCGCCUUGGGAGAGCGGGGACAUGCCCGCCCUGCCCAGAGGCCCGGACCCUGGUACGCGGGCUGCCCCUUCCCCAAGCCCUGCCCUGGAGGUUUGCUCCCAUGGGAAGGGUCUCCACUCGCGUGUUGGGGGGCCUGGGAGGGGGCUGGUGUCUGGCUCCCCAGGCUCUGUUCUGCCCUCACCUGCUGGAGGGGGCCCCAGGUGGACCAGGUGCUGAGGAGUGGGCCCAAGGCCAGGGUCAUGUGUGGGAUCCUUUGCAGAUGUUUUACCUGCAGGCCUCGCAGGGGCUUGGUCCCCAGCCAGGGCAUCGGGGUCUCGGGGGGGGGCGUGACACUCAAGGACUCAGGCCCCCUGGCCAGCCAUGCUCUUGGGCGUGUCCAUGCAGAGGCCACCUUAUUGGGGGGCCCUUCAGCCAAGGCCUCUGUCAGGUUCCUCAGCCAGACUCCCUUACUGGGAGCCUUGAGGACAGCUCUCCAGUCUGACUCAGUCCUUGUCCUGCCCCCCUGGCCCCAAGUCCAUAAAACAACAGGAGACUUGUGUUUGGGCGCUCCCUCUGUCUGCACACCACCCGCCCUGACUGCCUUUCCGUGGGAGGAGGAGGUGACCGAGGCAGCGUCUUCCUCGCCUCGUGCUGUGCUGUUCAAUCGUGAAUAAAAACUUGAUUGUCACC